AUGACAGAUCUCGAAAAUUGUCCGCUAUUAACCAGUAACAGAAAUAUUGAAUUUGAAAUCGAUGUUGAAUUUUCUCUUCAAUUGCUGAAUACAGAAUCACAGGAACACCAAACCGUUGGAGAAGGAUUCCAAAAUUUUAAUGAGACGGAAACUCUGGUGAAGGAACUGGUGCAGCAAAACCAGACUCCAGACCCAUCACCAGAAGAUAAGGAAGUACCACACAUACCCCUGCCACCCGAGAAGAAUUAUCACUUGUUUGUUUCUUACUGUACAGAGGAUAAAGAAGAAGCAGAAAAUAUUAUCAAACAAUUGACGGAAAGAUUUAACCUUAAAUGUAUGAACAGUGUUGAAGAUUUUACUCCUGGUAAACCUAUUGAAGAAAAUAUUUGCGAUGAAAUGAAAAAGAGUCUCAAGCUCCUCUUACUGCUGAGUAGAUCUUACUUACAGAGUCACUAUUGUGCUAUGGAAGCCCGUGAAGCAUGUCGGCUAUCUUUUACUGAUGUUAAUAAUUUAAACGUUAUUCCAGUAAGAUUAAGUCCUGUGGAGGGAGAUCUAGAAUUGCCCCCUUACCUGAAUUCAUUAGUUUAUAUCGACAAAAAUAUUGAAGAGGAUGUUGCAGCCAAAAUUUAUGGUGCCUUCAAUCGUCCAGGAACUUUAGAUCCAUUACAUCUGAACGAAAAAGUUGCCACACACAACGGUGUUUUGAUAUGCCAAAAAGUAGCAGAAAAAGCUAAAUUUGCUAUCCAUGGACUUGCUUUCAAAUUUUCACCUUUGGAGAAAUAUGAGCAAAGGAAAGCUACUCAGUUUGACAUUAAUCUGAAACAGGUCUUAUUUGUUUUCUCUUUUAAUUCGCAAAUCGUUUCAGUAUAA